AUGCUGCGGGAAGUGGUACCACGAAAUGCCCGUACACGGCGCAUUCUCAAAGCCAGAGAACCGCAAGUGAUUGAGACCCCAAAGCAAACGCUCCUACUACACGGCCCAAAAUGCCCUUUGCCACUCCAUACUGUGCUAAAGACUUUCCACUCGCUCACAAAACCUCACUCUGUACUCUUCCACAAAAAGAACGAGAACAUUCACCCUUUCGAGAACACGGAGAGUCUUGAGUUCCUGGCGACAAAGAACGAAUGCGGUAUCGCUAUUUACGGCAGCAGCAACAAGAAGCGGCCAAACUGUAUCACCAUCCUACGUAUAUAUGAUUCCAAGGUGCUCGACAUGUGCGAACUGUUACUGCUAGGAACCCAAGCUGAGAUGGAAGCUGAGGCUGCUGCUGCGGAAAGGAAUGCCAAAUCCGCCUUCCGGCUAAAUGUCGGUGUGGGUAUGAAGCCUAUGAUGCUUUUCUCAGGAACAGUAUGGGCCGACGAGACGUCUGGGGUCUUCAAGAUGCUCAAGAGCAUGUUUUUGGAUAUUUUCAAGGGUGAAGAGACGGAUAAGAUAGACGUUGAAGGGCUACAGUAUAUUCUUAUGAUUGCUGCAGAGGAACCUCAAGAAAGCGGACUUGCCGCUACCAACAGCUCCUUGCCAGCCAUCCAUUUACGGUGGUACAAGAUCCGAACCAGGAGGAGCGGGCAUAAACUACCGCGUGUGGAGUUGGAAGAAGUUGGACCAAAGUUCGAUUUCAGAAUCGGUAGAGUUAGAGAAGCUGACGAGGACACAAUGAAGACUGCGAUGAAACAAGGGAAGCGGCCUCAGGAUAUGGAGAAGACGAAGAAGAAUAUCGGUAUGGACAGUAUUGGUGAUAAGAUUGGACGAGUACAUCUUGGUCGUCAGGACUUGAGCGACUUGCAGACUAGGAAGAUGAAGGGCCUUAAGCGACGGGCUGGUAUAGAUGAUGAGGAUGAGGAUGCAGAGAUGGGAGGUAUGGAAGUGGACGAGGUUUCAGAAGAUGAGGAUUUCAGCCACAAACGAUCGAAGACAGAGUAG